AUGACAUGCUCAACAACAUAUCGAUCGAUUCUUCUCUCCCUUCUCGCCCUUCUCGCUCUUCUGGAGCCGUCGAGAUGUCAGAAUGCGCUGAAUCUUGCCGAGACGAAGCACUCGUGUAUGGCGCUGAAAAACGAGCUGGGCGACGGGUGCAUUUGCAAGCAAACCAAGCGACACGGACAGCCGGAGUGCUGCUGCAUGGGACUGGAAGUGACUCAGUUGCCGAGCAAUCUCACUGCCGACAUGGGCUAUCUGUAAGUUUUUCGGAGCAGUUCAUAAUCAUAGGCAACGUUUAGAUAUCUGCACAACACAAGCAUCUCCGAAAUCACCCAAAACUACUUCGAUGGCUAUCCGGCCAUUCGAGAACUGUCAGUUUCACUCAUCAUCACACCUCCCUUUGUACGUACCUUUCAGUGAAAUCGGCGACUCUUCAAGUCUAGAACACUUUGACGGCUCCUCCCUUACAGUCCUCGCAAAACUCCGCAAACUCUCUGUUGUAAAAUGUCCGAAUCUGCGCGAAAUAUCCGGAAAACUUUUGGUGAACAACACACGGAUCCAGACAGUGAUCCUCAAAAACAACGGACUAAGGACGAUGCCGUCGCUCCGAAUGACCGAGGCGCAUCAUGUUCUCGUGGAUCGAAUUGAUCUUUCUGGAAACAAAGUUGGUAUUUGGUUAACUAGAUGCUCGAAAUGAAUGUGUUCAGAUAAAGUUCAUCGGCGAUUCAAAAGUGAGAAAUGUUCGGGCGAGGACUGUGGUGUUGAGUGAGAACAACCUCCAUGAAAUAUCGGGAUACGCGUUCACAGAGAGCCAGUUUCUGAAGCUGUUAGUCUUAUUCUAGCAUUUAACAAACUAUCUAUAAACUUUCAGAAAACUAAACAAUAACAAGAAUCUGCGGAGCAUUUCUGCCGACGCUUUCAAGAAUAUGGUCGGACUUCAGACUUUGUAAGCCUUUUCCUCCCUAUCAUUUUCGAGUACCACGUAAUUUCAGAGAUCUGUCGCACACUUCCAUCAGCACUUUACCCAUAAAUGGUCUCAAAAACUUGAAAACCUUGGUGCUGACCAAUGUUCCGACCCUGAAACGCCUUCCUAGCGUGCUCGCUUUCACGGAUUUGGAGACGGCCCAUUUCACGUAUCCGCAUCAUUGUUGUCUGUUCAAAGUCUGUUGUUCUGCUCGAAAACUUCAAAAAAAGAAACAAACACUAAACAUUUACAGUACGUCGACGACGUCACUUUGAACGACAACGGAAAGUAUCAGCGGAAUGCGAAGGAGAUUCACAAACGGAUCUGCGAGAAGCGAGAGCAACAGAAGGCGGCGAGACGGAAGAAGCGGGAGAGCACUUUCCUGGAGAUGUUGCUCAGAGAGUGGACGGAUAAUAGUACGUACACAGGGCCCGACGAGCAGGAUGAUGACGAGUUGCCACGUGAGUCAAACGCACAUGAGGCUGAGAAGGCAUUGUGCUUUUCUUUCAGCGUUCACAGAAAUCGGCGCAGAGCCAUGCCAGUCAGUCGGCGAAGAAGUGCAGAGAUACUACUCGAACAUCACGUGCUACCCGAAGCCCGACGCGCUGAAUCCCUGCGAGAACAUCGUCGGAUACCCGUUCCUCCGCAUCGCCAUCUGGAUCGUCUGCUUCGCCGCCAUCUUCGGCAACAUCAUCGUCUGGGUACUGUUGGGCAUUGUGUACGAGAAACGGAUGCGAAUGCACUACCUCUACAUGAUAAACAUGUCUGUGGCUGAUAUGAUCACAGGUACAGCAUCCUCACAAGUGACGAUAAAAUGAAAUGUUUAGGAGUGUACCUAGCAGUUCUUGCGAUCGCCGAUGCUAAAAUGUCGGAUGAAUAUUAUCGGCACGCAGUUUGGUGGCAGACCGGUUGGGGGUGCAGAGCCGCGGGCUUCCUGGCCGUGUUCGCGUCAGAGUUGGGAAUCAUUUCCAUGUUUCUCAUUGCUUUCGAAAUGUCCUACAAUACCAGGUAUGGUUGUUUGUAGCAGAAUCAUCAAUCCAUGAAACUCUCCAGACAAUCUUUCCGUGGUCGUCGUCUGAACCCGCGGGUCGGAGUGCUUCUGAUGGUCGGCGGAUGGCUUUUCGCCAUCGUCAUGGCCAUUCUUCCGUGGUUCGGAAUCUCGUCCUACUCGGAGAGCAGCGUCUGUUUGCCACUUAAAGCAACGACAAUGUUUGACAAGAGCUACUUGAUCUUCGGAUUGAGCUUCAACUUCUUGGCGUUCGUGGCGAUGGCGCUGUCCUACGGAUUCAUUGUGAAGAUGCUGAAAGAGAAUGAGACUCGCGAAGAGGACCGAGCACUCAUCACUAAAAUGACGGUCCUCGUCGUCACCGAUCUCAUCUGCUGGUUCCCGACGCUUUUCUUCGGCUUCACCGCCACCAUCGGCUUCCCUCUGCUCUCGCUCUCCUCCGCCAAGUUCGUGCUCGUCUUCUUCUUCCCGAUCAACGCAUUCGCCAACCCGUUUCUCUACGUGUUCUUCACCGAAGUCAUCCAACACCGUGUCCGAAGCAAGACUCUUCCGGUCAUCCGACGGAUCACGACCGGCCCUCUGAAUGCGGCCAGUUCCCUCUCAAACUUCUAUCACUCACAACCGCCGGGAGCGCAUCGAAGGAGCCGGGAUGAUCAAGCGAGCCCAUCGUCCGGAAUGCAUUUGGCAGUUACACAGGUACGACAGGUAUACCGAAACAUUUCUGGAGGAGUCCAGAGGAACUAACACAUUAACGUGAUUCAGACGACUUCCCUGAACAGCACUCCAAGAGGAUCGAACGUUUCGUCGCGAGCUUCCGACGCAAUGCUCUUCGACUACGGAGAACGGAGUGGAAGUGCGUCGCCACGUGUCUCUUUCGACAUUCCGAUCUCGCCGACGACUCCGAGGUCCGACCGCAAGAAUCGGAUCUCUCUUCUCCGGCGGUUUGUCUCCGCUAUUCCGGAGGUCUCUGAUCUCUCGGAGCAUUCGAGUGAGAGCCAUCACGAACACGUUCCGCAUCCGAGAAGGAAGCUCCGAACGUCACUGAAUAGAAUUCUGGCGAUGGGAAGGAGGCAAGACGGGUCCACGGAUUCGGGAAGAGGCUCGUUGGCCAGUUCGGCCGGAUCGGUACGUUCUUCUUUACUCUUUCCCGGUUCCAAUUCUCAAUCGGAGCAUUUCAGCGUGACCAGAACGAACGCGUGUCGCUCACGAGCAACACCUCCUCUCUGCUGAGCCCGUUGCUCUCGAUCGGCUUGCCAUCUCUCUCCACCUCCAAUCCCAAUAAGCUCAUUUUGCCGCCCGACUCCUCGAAGAACCGUCGAAAGAGCACACCGGCCAUCCCGCUGCUCGUCGUCUCUGAUUGCUCCUAG